AUGGCGCUUCUUGUGGAUAGGCAGCGGCCUCGCACUCUUGAUACUCUUACAUAUCACCAUGAAUUAUCUACCCGACUAAAAUCCUUGGCUCAAAGCGGCGACUUUCCGCAUCUUCUUGUUUAUGGGCCAUCAGGUGCGGGUAAGAAAACUAGAAUAAUUGCUACACUUAAAGAGCUAUAUGGGCCAGGAGUGGAAAAGAUAAAAGUCGACGCCCGGGUGUUUCAGACCUCCAGCAAUCGAAAACUCGAAUUCAACAUUGUUGCUUCCAUCUACCAUCUAGAGAUUACACCUUCCGACGUGGGUAAUUAUGACCGAGUUGUUAUUCAAGAAUUACUCAAGGAAAUCGCGCAAACUCAACAAGUCGACCUAUCCGCUAGACAACGUUUUAAAGUUGUGGUGAUUAACGAAGCCGACUUUCUGACAAGAGAUGCCCAAGCAGCACUUCGAAGAACAAUGGAGAAAUAUAGUCCAAAUAUGAGACUGAUUCUACUUGCCAAUAGCACAGCAAAUAUUAUUGCACCCAUCCGCUCGAGAACACUGCUUGUCAGAGUUGCUGCGCCAAUGGAAGAGGAGAUAUGCGAGGUAUUAAAGUCGGCUGGGAAAAAAGAGGGCUGGCCUGAAGCACCUGGAUUAAAUAAGAGAAUAGCAAAAGAAAGCGGGAGGAAUUUGCGAAAAGCAUUGCUCAUGUUUGAAGCAGUUCAUGCACAGAAUGAAAAGGUGACGAAUGAUACUGUAGUCCCUCCACCAGAUUGGGAGGCUUUGAUUUCUCUCAUCGCUGAUGAAAUAAUGGCCGAGAGAUCCCCAGCACGGAUUCUCCAAGUUCGAGCUCGACUCUAUGACCUACUGACCCAUUGCAUACCUCCCACUACUAUUCUCAAGACAUUAACUUUUAAACUUGUCCUCAAAGUUGACGAUAUUUUGAAACCUGAGAUAAUCAAGUGGUCGGCUUUCUAUGAGCAUAGAGUAAAAACUGGCAGUAAAGUUAUAUUCCAUCUCGAGGCAUUCGUCGCGAGAUUCAUGAGACUUCUCGAGAGUUAUUUGAUGGGCAUCGAGUUUUAA